AUGGUCUACGAGGAGCUAAAGUUGGCGCAAUUCCCAAAUUGUACUGUAUUAAUAUUCUUGUUUACUGGUGUUGAUACCCCCGUACUUAAACAAGUUAAAGAACAACUCAUCUCUGGCAAUAAAGAUUAUGACUUUUGCUUCUUAAACCCACAGCAUAUUAUAUCAUUAGAACAUUUGUACAGUUCUAUACAUAAAGCAGUUUUGAAUCAUGAAUUCGGCAAUAUGAGAGCUAAAACAUUGAACACUGAAAUUAUUUUUAAUUUAUCACCAAUAAAUAAUAUUAUGGAUGCAUUGAAGAGGUUUGGUGUUGAUGAAGCAUGUCCCAAUUUAAUCACAAUAAAGGUAUUACCUACGUCAGAGUGUAAUGAAAUAGCAUUUAAAGACUUAAACGAUCACCUUUUAAAAAUAUUAAGUACUAACGAUUCACAUAAUCCUCGAUUAAAUAACGAAAUCAUCUUUGAUUCGUUGGUUGAUUUGAAGAAGUUAAAGAAGGUUUAUAAGUUAAAUGAUGCCAAGUUUUCAAAAGAUGAAUCUGACUUACAAGGUGAGUUGACUCGAUUAGCAAUUGGUGCGUGUCAGUUGAGAGGUUGUUAA